UAGAUUUCGCCAGUUUCCUCAACCAAACACUCGUCUGAUUUUGUGUGAUAAAAUUGCAAGAGAGCCGGUGGGCGAGGUGCUUUUUAAAAGAAAAACAACCCAAACCGUGCAGUGUGAAUACCUUUAACAAAGAGGGCCUCUUCUUUAGUGAGAUCUGUGCGAGUAUUGAAGAAAACGGCGACACUUCUAGUCUGCAAAACCUCUUAAGACUGUUUUUAUUUUGCUGUGCCUUUCGAAAGGCGGGGAAUACAAAGCGGCGAGGGAUUAAAACCAUUACAUUUUGGUUUCACCGAGGCAAAACGGGAUUACAAUUAAGGCACUUCGUGUAGCUGUGACUGGUUUGUCAUAGUACAUGGAUUAUCUGUGUUUCCGUGCGCUGUGCUGUAAAGGACCUCCGCCGCCCAGACCAGAGUAUGAUGUGGUGUGCAUCGGCCUGACAGGUGCCGGAAAGACCAGCCUGCUGUCCCGCCUGUGCAGCGAGAGCAGUGAUGGCAUCGUUCCCACUACAGGUUUCAGUAUUAAAGCUGUGCCAUUCCCAAAUGCUAUUCUGAAUGUAAAAGAACUUGGAGGUGCUGACAACAUCAAAAAGUAUUGGAGCCGUUACUACCAGGGGUCCCAGGGAGUGAUCUUUGUCCUGGACAGCGCUUCGUCUGAUGAGGACCUGGAGGCUGCACGAAAUGAGCUGCACUCUGCCCUGCAACACCCACAGCUUUGUACUUUGCCUUUCCUUAUACUGGCCAACCAUCAAGACAAGCCUGCAGCCAGGACGCCAAGCCAGAUAAAAAAGUACUUCGAGCUGGAGCCACUGGCCAGAGGAAAACGCUGGAUACUUGACGGCAGCUCGACUGACAACAUGGAGGGAGUGAAAGAGAGUUUUGGCAAUUUCAUUGGCUUAUUGGAGGACAAAGACACAGAACCUGUCAGGAUAUGAUGCUGUUAAUGCUGACUGACAUUAACAGCUAAGUGAAAGUACAACUGCUCCACUCGUACCGUCCGAUCAGCAGGCCCUGGCCUCCUUUUUUUUAACAUGUUCACAGUUCACUUUAGUGUUGUACGUUUUCAGUUGAAGAGCACACAAAUCAAGAUAUUUCCUGUGAGAAAUGUUUUCCACAAGUCAAAAUAUGUUUACUGCUACAAAGGUAACACUAACCCUCUCAUGGUGGAGCCCAGGUCAUACAAUUCACUAGUUUUGAGUGAUUUACUUGAUGGAUGUGGGUGUAUUGUAAGAUGUUGCGGAGUCAGAGCCUUGUGUUAUGUACAGUAGUUACAUAUUGGUGUGUGUUACACCAUGUAUGAAUAUUUAAUCUGAAUAGUUUUGUGAGUCCAAGUAGUAAUGUGCCCAUGCAAACAUAGUACUGCUAUGUACCUUCCACAAGUACAACUAAUCAUAACAAGUGCUGUGUGAACCUAUGGACACAGUUGGAAGAACGGGCAACCAAAUUCAGAAUGCUUUUAGAAAUGUGCAAAAUAUAUUUUCCAGUUUUCCUGUAGAGCUGUGCUAAUAUUACAAUGAUUUUCUAUAUAAACGAUUAAAGACCAAAAAGUGAUGGACUGGAAAUAGGCCACUGGUAACAUAUAGUAUAGGCUUAAACAUUUCAUUUUUUUUUUUUUUUUACAAUGUUGUUUUUUUAUUCUUUUUAAGUUUGACAUAAUCAUUAUGAUAAGUGACUUAAAUAGAAGACACAUUCUAUCAAUCAGACAGAGCAACAGCUGUGUCUGACAAGUCCCUGUCCGACAACCUAAUGCCUUCCAACUGUGUGAAGAGCCCUCCCUCCCUGUGUGUGAAGAGCCCUCCCUCCCUGUGGUUUGUGUAGCAGGCCCGGUCCUCUGCACACUGCCCUCCUGACUGUGCCUGCAACUGUGCCUCUGUACCACAAACUCUCAUCAUUUCUUCAGUAUUUUCUUUAAUGUACUCAAUCACUUGUUCUUUUUUUAAAUGGGACAUCCCAUUUCAUUUUGGAGGAAUACAUUACUAAACAUCUGCUUUCUUGUAUGUAUAAAAUAUACACUGCAGUUUUUUAUGUUUGUAUGUUUGCUUUUUCAAAACUGUUUAUGUAUGUUAGAAAUUAAAGAUAAAAAAUUAAUUAUUGCUAUUAUCAAUUUUUUAACUGAACAUAGUUAAAAGGUUGUUGUUAGACCUUUAUAAACCAAUGCAUUACUGACUCAAAUAAUGCAACUGAAUCACAACUAUUAAACUAUUUUGUAAUUUUCUGAUCUAUGUUAUUUUUCCUUAUCAAAAACAUACCUAGAAUUAUUUUUUUUAUUUUAUUCACAUGUUUUACACACAAACCCUGCAUAUUUAGGCUGUGUUCUUCUCUCAAACAGAAAACACUGUCCUUGAUUUUCCAAUCUCUACUAAACUAAAGGUAAAAGGUAGCUGUUAUCAUGAAGCAGCAGAUUUCAGGUUAUUGCAAGGUAGAAUAGACCAUUUUGCUCUUGUGAGAUGUAGAUAGAUUAAUAAUAAAGGAUUUCUCAAACGUGAAUGAAACAGAACACAACUCCAGGUAUGUUUUUGAUGAGGUAACAAUAAUGGCUUAAAACUCACUAUAUAUUAACUACAUGAAAUGGAUAACUGAGUGUGCUUUUUAUGGAGCACCAUUAAAAAAAAAAACACAUACAAAGA